UCACACUAACUCGUUUUCCCAUCCUUUAGUGUCCCUCUUUUUCAGUUUCAUACACUUUUUCCUCACCUUUCUUCUCCAACAUCCUAUCCAAUAUAUACACACACAAACAAAUACAUGAGAACCUCGUUCCCACGCCUUCAAUAGAUAUAGAUCAUCAUUCAUCACCAACAUGGCUCUUCUAGGCUUAGCGUGUUUUUCUGCUUUGACCCUUUUCUUGGUCCUGCCUCAUGAAGCACACGCUUCAAACCGUGGCUCCUUUAGGCAGAACAUCGUCAUCCCUCCAUCGUUUGGCAUAUGUGCCUCUUCUGUCAUCGUGCAUGGAUACAAGUGCCAAGAACAUGAGGUUACAACCAAUGAUGGGUACAUUCUGAGCCUGCAAAGGAUCCCAGAAGGUCGAGGUGGUGGUGGUGGUGCCAGUGGCACUAGGAAGCAACCAGUGAUCAUACAGCAUGGUGUUCUUGUGGAUGGUAUGACAUGGCUUCUGAACCCUCCAGAGCAAGACCUGCCUUUGAUUUUAGCUGAUAAUGGGUUUGAUGUUUGGAUUGCUAACACAAGAGGAACAAGAUAUAGCCGACGCCACAUCUCAUUGGACCCCUCUAGCCCGGCCUUUUGGAAUUGGUCCUGGGAUGAACUUGUUUCCUAUGAUCUCCCUGCUGUGUUUGAUUAUGUCUUCAGCCAAACGGGGCAUAAGAUCAAUUACGUUGGCCAUUCCCUGGGAACUUUGAUAGCUUUGGCUUCCUUCUCAGAAGGGAAAUUGGUUAACCAGCUGAAAUCAGCAGCCCUGUUGAGCCCUAUAGCCUAUUUAAGCCACAUGCACACCGCACUUGGUGUUAUUGCAGCUAGGUCCUUUAUUGGUGAGAUCACUACCCUCUUUGGUUUGGCUGAAUUUAAUCCAAAAGGGUUACCUGUUGAAGCCUUUCUCAAGUCUCUCUGCAAUCACCCUGGGAUAGACUGCUAUAACUUGUUGACGGCAUUAACUGGUAAAAAUUGCUGUCUUAAUUCUUCAACUGUUGAUCUAUUCUUGAUGAAUGAGCCUCAGUCAACAUCAACAAAGAACAUGGUGCACUUGGCUCAGACUGUGAGACAUGGGGUGUUGGCAAAAUUUAAUUAUGUGAGACCAGACUAUAACAUCAUGCAUUAUGGAGAAAUAUUCCCUCCAAUCUACAACCUUUCCAAUAUCCCUCAUGACCUCCCUCUCUUCAUUAGCUAUGGUGGCAGAGAUGCACUUUCAGAUGUUCGUGAUGUUGAGAAUUUGCUUGAUAUACUCAAGAACCAUGAUGAGGAUAAGCGUAGUGUUCAGUUCAUCCAGGAAUAUGCUCAUGCUGACUACAUUAUGGGGUUCAAUGCCAAGGACUUGGUGUAUAAUGAUGUUGUUUCGUUUUUCAAUCGUCAAGUUAACGCUUGAUGGGAAGUGAACUAAACUACAUCUUACAAAGAAUCAAGUUGUAACAAACGAGUGCCUUCAUGUCACUGAGAUCAAUCUUAGUUAUCUAGUGAUGAUUAACUAUGAUUAACUAAUACUAAUGGCCAAUUACAAAAGUAAUGAAGUUUUACUCGUGAUUUGCUUUGGUGUUGCAAAUGGCUAUAUAUAUGCAUCAAUCAAUAUGUAAAAUCAUAACAAGUGGUUGCUGGGAUUCGUGGGAUUCGUGCAGAAACAGACACGGAGUUUAAAAGAAAAAGUUCGAAAACAUGUCUAUUUUGAUUUAGAAGGUGAAAUGCAUUGGAAUACUGAUAUAUACCAUGCAUCAGAAUUUAGAUAUAGUAAUAUCCAUAUUUUACCAAAAACAAGUCAUUUAUGGACAUUAUCAGGAAAAUCAUAAAGGUCUGGAUCAAUCUCUUUUUCACUCCUUUGUGUUGCAUUGUAAUGCAGAGGCAACUUGUCUCUUUAAUAGCUAUGUUCAAACAUCUGGUACUAAUUAUGGCCAUUGGUCACUUAUAAUUCAAUUCGUUCUGGGCUUAGGUCCCUAUUCUGAA